AUGUUCAGGCAUCGGACGACGUCGGACGAACUCGCUCGUUUGGAGGCAUUUCACUCCUUCUUGCGAUCUGAACUCACCAAAGAAGUCAGACACGCUGUCAAAGCUGUUCAAAAGGAAGCAGCGUCGAGCGAUGGACUGUCUUCUAACCAAUUCCAAAUCGAAGUGGCGGACAACGAUUACUCGCGGGAGCUCUUAUCACUCAUCGAAGCUUGUAUCAUUCACGGGAUGAAUAAAAAGUAUGUCCGCAAAACGAAAUCAGACGGCCGUGAGACUGCUCAAGUAAAUCUUUGGGCGCUAAUGGAGAAACUGUUGAGUAAGUCAGAUAUCAAGUCGCUGACCUUGGAGAACAAACAGCUCAAAACGAAAUCAGGACUUUCCAGAGCUGCAAUCAGAAAUUUCAUGAACACGCAAGUUCUUGACUGUUAUCUUCAAGCGUUGAUGCUCGACAAGGAUUUAUUGAAUAAGCAUUACGAGCCGUACGCUUUAUUGCGGGAUCCAGACAAUGCUGAAGUAUUCAAAAACUCUCUUCAAGGUCUAGAAAGGCUCAAAUUUAACUUCACGACAAACUCGCCGAUUUUGGACUCCUGGAGUCGUCACACUCUUGAGCUCGCCGCUAUUGUCGCUCCCCAACAUCAGCGAAAAAGCAAUAAAGCGAUGCUACCGAAGCCGAGAGCGCCCGAGUCUUUAACUGCCGCUGGUGAUUCUGUUGCUAAUGAUUUCGAUGAUUCUGCGUCGAUGAUGUCGUCUGUAGUUACCGAGUCCAUUUGCUCGACGAUGACGGACUUUGCUGGAGAUGAAGGCGUGGAAGUUUUCAGAUCUAAAAUGUCAAGAAGGCGAAGACGUGCACAAAAACGCAACCCUGUCCUUUCAACUGGGUCAUUUGAAAAUCAGGAAUUGUUUGAUGAUGCGAUUUCCGUUGUAUCUGAUGCAAGGGAGACGAUAAAAUCAUCGGAACCGACGUGUUAUUUAUCGGAACUUGAAGAGUCAAUGGGCAAUGAUGGGAAAGAUCGUACGGAGGUCGAUCAAGCUAUGGAAAACGAUCAGAUUCAAACUCUUUAUAGCGGAAAAAAUCGCGAAAGCUCACCCUUGACCAAAGUAGCGGAAGAAGAGCGAAAGCAAUAUACGAAGCUUGUGUUUACGGAGCAGGAGCUUACUCCGAACACUUCAGACACGCAUUUCGUAGAAGACAGCUUGAAUAGAGCGACACAGGAUCAAUCAUCAGAAAUAGAAGAUGAAUCCUAUGCUCCAAUCGAAAGCCAAAAAGUUGAAGACGACGAAGUUACAGAGAAGAAUGAAGCGGAGGUAUCAGACACAGAGUCACAAUGCGAUAUUCAUGCUCUGGAAGAGAUCGAAGCGUCGCCGCCAGUGAAAAGUUGCUACGCUCCUUCUGGAAAUGAAGAUGACAUUAUUCAAACAGUGGUCGACGAAGAUGACGAAGACGAGCACAAUCAAAAUGAAGAAUGCGCUUCAACAGUCGAGGAAACCAUCAGUGCUAAUCAAAAGGCCUUUGCGGCUAUGUUUAGCAAAGAAAUGACAGACGACGAUGAAGGUCUCCCAUGGCUUGAUAGAGUCACAGAGAAACAUCGAGAAAGCCUUUCCGGUCGACCUGUUGGAGCGCGACAUCGAGAAGGCUUUCUUCAGCGGAAAGGGGACUGGACAGGAUUUUGGAGGCGCCGAUAUUUCAAGCUAGCAGAUCACCAGCUCACGUACUACCGAUCAGACACGGAUGAAAGUGCUGCUCUGACUAUUCCCGUCGACGCUAUGUUAGAUGUAAUAGAAGACGAAAAAAUGAAGCCAUUUUGUUUCCGAGUCGAAAUUCGGGGUCGAAAAAGUCUUUACCUUUGCGGUUAUUCGCAUCAUGACUCUGCCAAAUGGGUUGCGGAUUUGAGAUACGAAAUAGAGCAUUUUGGAUCUGCCGAGUCCAAUCACUUCGAGGUUAUCUCAGUGAAUUCUUACGACUCUCGAUCGUCAGAGUACUCUUCUGUUCUCAAAAAUCAACUCUUGGUUCUUCCAGCUGAUUUCGGCUUACCUGCUCAAAACUAUCGCUGCUUCGAAUGCGAGACUCCAAUCGGCAUCAUUUAUGGCCCACCUCGUCAUUGCGCAUUUACCGGGAAAUAUUAUUGUAAUAAGUGCCAUGAUAACUCGGUCUCCGUCAUUCCUGCGCGGAUGAUUUUCAACUGGGACCUUUCGGCCAGAUCAAUUUGUAAACGAGCUCGCUGUUACCUGAGCCGAGUUCAGCACGAUCCUUUGUUAGAAAUAAAUGAGACGAAUUCGGCGUUGUAUGGUCAUGUGCCGGCCUUAGAGCGAGUUCGAAAGCUUCGAAUCCGCCUUCAGAAGAUGGAACCGUAUCUGAAAACUUGCUCAAAAGGCAAAGAAAUAUAUGAUAAGUUUGCGCAUGGACGAGAGUAUCUGACUGGAGAUAUUCAUCGUUAUUCUGUCGCAGAUCUUGUAGAGUUUCAGGAGGAGUCAUUGGAAACUUCGCUAAGUCAACUUUACGAAGCUGGAAAAAGACACAUUUCUCUGUGCGAAACUUGUGGGUUUAAAGGCUUCUAUUGCGAGCUUUGCGGGUCUGAUAACCUUAUUUAUCCGUUUGAAACCGAAGAAACGUCCUCCUGUUUGAAAUGUUGCGCUUGCUUUCAUGCAAAUUGCUUCAGAAACACUCUUGAAAGUUGCCCGAAGUGCACGAGGAUUGAGAAUCGUCGCCGUCUACGUGAGGCUGCUGAACUCGAGCAUCAGAAAUCUAGCGACGAUGAAACUCAUAAAUAA